CCACCAUGUCCACCCUCGACGCAGUCACCCCCCCAAAGCCCUCCUCCCUCCCACACGAUAUCGUCGCCAGCCUCCUUGUCAAUCUCGACUCCCAGGCCGACCAGCUCAGAGCCAAGAAGCAGGGCGGCCUCGAUCUCGAAGGGCUGCUGUACUUUCAGCGCGCUGCCAACUACAUCGCGGCGGCGCAGAUCUUUCUACACGCAAAUGGUCUUCUUUCUGAACCUCUCGAGGUAUCCCACGUCAAGAACAGGCUCCUUGGCCACUGGGGAACUUGUCCCGGGCUCAACUUUGUCUACGCCCAUACCAACCUGCUAAUCAGCAACCACCAAGAAGAGGAGAAUGUCCCCGAAUUCAUGUUUUUGACUGGCCCCGGUCACGGAGCACCAGCUAUACUCGCCACUCUGUUUAUGGAAGGAUCUAUCACCAGGUUCUAUCCAGAAUACCCCAUGUCAAGGGAGGGUCUUGAAUACUUUAUUCGCUCCUUUAGCAUGCCCGGAGGCUUUCCCAGUCACGUCAACGCAGAGACGCCUGGAGCUCUUCACGAGGGUGGCGAACUUGGCUACGGACUUGCAGUGGCCUAUGGCAGCGUGAUGGACAAGCCAAACCAUAUUACGGUCGCUGUGAUAGGCGACGGCGAAAGCGAGACCGGCCCUACCGCCACAGCUUGGCACGCACACAAGUACAUCGACCCUGCAGAGAGUGGGGCCGUGAUCCCGAUCCUUCAUGCAAAUGGCUACAAGAUUGGAGAGAGGACCAUCACUGGCGCCAUGGACGACCUGGAGCUUGCCUGCCUUUUCACCGGCUACGGAUAUCAAAUUCACAUCGUCGAGUACGGCUCCAAGUCUCCCGAAGAAGCUUCUGAUCAUGAGCACGACGUCGCCGUGCAGUACGACAUGGCCGUCGCCAUGGAGUGGGCGUACCAGGAAAUCCAAAAAAUUCAAUCAGCUGCGCGAAGUGGAAAGCCCAUCGUCAAGCCCAGGUGGCCCAUGAUUGUCAUGAGAACGCCCAAGGGGUGGACUGGGCCACGAAAGGCGGAAGGCAAGCUGGUUGAGGGCAAUUGGAGAGCGCACCAAGUACCCCUUCCGAGUGCCGGCGCCAAGGGAGAGGAAUUUGACCUCCUCAAGAGCUGGCUCGAGUCGUACGGUCCAGAUGAACUCUUCCACGUUCAUGUGGAUGACAGCCACUCUGGUGCUCAUAACCCUGCCGACAAAGCUCGAGGCAUCAUUGAUAGCAAGGCUGUCAGGAUCAUUCCAAAAGACCAAGAGCGGAGGAUGGGCAUGGUCAACGCCACUUAUCGCGAUUUCAAACCUCUCAAGACACCUUCUUGGAAAGACUAUACCCAUCCAAUCGACGAGGAAAUCUCCAAUAUGAAAGCCGUUGGCGAAUAUGUGGCCAAGGUCAUCGAGCUGAAUCCGAAAGAGUUCCGAAUCUUCUCGCCAGACGAGAUCAGCAGCAACAAGCUUGAUGCCGCUUUCAAGGUCACACAGAGAAACUUCCAAUGGGACCCAGAGACUGCAAACAAGGGCGGGCGUGUCAUUGAGAUGCUCUCGGAGCAUACACUCCAAGGUUGGCUCCAGGGUUAUACUCUCACCGGAAGACACGGUCUUUUCCCGUCCUACGAGAGUUUCCUUGGCAUUGUCCAGACAAUGAUUGAGCAAUACGCCAAAUUCAUCAAGAUGGCAUUGGAGACCAAGUGGCGCGGUGAUGUGGCUGGACUGACUUAUAUCGAGACCAGUACCCUGUGGCGACAGGAACACAAUGGGUACUCUCACCAGAACCCCGGCCUCAUUGGUUCAUUCAUCUCCUUGCCCCGAAACCUUGCAAGAAUCUAUCUCCCCCCCGACGCCAACACUAGCGUGGCUGUUGUGGAUCACUGCUUGAGAUCAAAGAACAAUAUCAACCUCGUGAUUGGGUCCAAGAACCCUACUAAAAGCUUCCUGACACCCGACGAGGUGAGCACGUCGCAGUAUGCAAAGUAGCCCUGCUGAUCCACUCAAUCAAUAGGCCGAGAGACACUGCAUCGCGGGUGCUUCUGUCUGGGAACGCUUUUCGUCAGACAAUGGUAUUGAUCCCGACAUUGUGCUGGUUGGCGCUGGUGUCGAGGUCACUUAUGAAGUGGUCGCAGCGGCGGCCCUACUGAGGAAUGAGGGCAUCAAGGUCAGAGUUGUCAAUGUCACCGACCUCUUGAUCUUGGGCCAGACCGGCGUGCAUCCCCACGCACUCACACAGGACAUGUUUGACAGUCUGUUCACUGCCGACAAGCCUGUCAUUGUCAAUUUCCAUGGUUAUCCCAAGGACGUCUCUGGCCUGCUCUUUUCGAGGAGGGCCCAUGUUGGAAGGUCUAGAUUUGACAUACUUGGGUAUAUCGAGGAGGGAUCGACUACCACUCCAUACUCCAUGCUUCGUCUCAAUGACGUAUCACGAUAUUCUUUGGCCGAUAUCGCCGUGCAGCGAGUCAGUCGCGCCCAGCCCAACCAUCCCGUCACUGUCAGGGCCCACGAGCUCAGCAGUUACUGGAAGCACGUCCUUGUUGAACACGACAAGUAUACCAAGGAUCACGGUGACGACCCCGCCUGGUGCAAGGAAAUUCCCGAGAUUCGAGAGGACGCAGCUUGACCUUUUAGUCACAAUGUAGCAUAGCCAAAAGAUGGAUUUAGAAUGUACAGUCGGUCAGUCUUGAAAUGUCAAAACGGGACGUUGACAUCCCACGAAAAUGACAUUCACGAUGAAUCAGACAAUGGCAUGA